AUGGCUGAAACCAAGGUUGUCGAAGUUCCUGCGGAAAAGCCGGAGGAGGCAGGAGGUGGAGACGAGAAGGAAACCUCGGAAGCCAGUGACGUGAUCGCUCCUUUGGCCAAGAAGUUUGAACGUGUUGCAUAUGUCGACGAUGGCACUCAUAAGGAACACGUGAACAUGGUGUUCAUCGGACAUGUUGACGCUGGAAAGUCUACCAUCGGAGGACAGCUAAUGUAUCUUACUGGUAUGGUCGAUAAACGAACACUAGAAAAAUAUGAACGAGAAGCGAAAGAAAAAGGUCGAGAAAGCUGGUAUCUGUCGUGGUGUAUGGAUACUAACGAAGAAGAGCGAGAAAAGGGAAAGACUGUUGAAUGUGGUCGAGCAUAUUUUGAAACAGAGAAAAAGCAUUUCACGAUUUUGGACGCACCCGGUCACAAAAGUUUCGUGCCCAAUAUGAUAAGUGGUGCAACUCAAGCUGAUUUGGCUGUUUUGGUGAUUUCCGCUCGAAAGGGAGAAUUUGAAACUGGUUUCGAUCGAGGAGGUCAGACCAGGGAGCACGCUAUGUUAGUAAAAACGGCCGGAGUGCGUCAUCUAGUAAUUCUUGUCAACAAGAUGGACGAUCCCACGGUGAAAUGGGACGAGAAUCGGUUCAACGAAAUUCAAAGCAAACUCACGCCAUAUCUACGCAAGUGUGGUUUCAACCCCAAAACGGACAUGAUAUACAUUCCCGUUUCUGGUUUGACUGGUGCUUUCAUAAAAGACCGACCUUCUUGUGAGCAGGGAGGAUGGUACAGUGGCCCAUGUUUCAUCGACUACAUCGACAAUCAUCUCGUAUCUAUGGCCCGAGAUUUUAACGGCCCAGUGCGAUGCAUCGUUGUUGACAAGUUUUCUGAUAUGGGCACCCUCAUUAUUGGCAAGAUGGAAUCUGGUGUGGUAAUAAAGGGUCAGAAUUUGGUUCUGAUGCCGAAUAAACAAGCCGUUCAAGUCAUUCAAAUCUGGUCAGACGAUAUUGAGACGGACCGGGUGGUUUCCGGGGAUAAUGUCAAGUUCAAACUCAAGGGUUGGUCUAAGUUCAACGAAAUUCAAAGCAAACUCACGCCAUAUCUACGCAAGUGUGGUUUCAACCCCAAAACGGACAUGAUAUACAUUCCCGUUUCUGGUUUGACUGGUGCUUUCAUAAAAGACCGACCUUCUUGUGAGCAGGGAGGAUGGUACAGUGGCCCAUGCUUCAUCGACUACAUCGACAAUCAUCUCGUAUCUAUGGCCCGAGAUUUUAACGGCCCAGUGCGAUGCAUCGUUGUUGACAAGUUUUCUGAUAUGGGCACCCUCAUUAUUGGCAAGAUGGAAUCUGGUGUGGUAAUAAAGGGUCAGAAUUUGGUUCUGAUGCCGAAUAAAGACGACGAUAUUGAAGAACGAGGACCGAGCGGUUCCGCGGAUAAAUGUCACGUCAAGAACUCAAGGGUUGGUCUAAGAGUUGAAGAGAAUGAGCUGCAGUCAGGUUUUAUAAUUUGCUCUGCUGAUGCGCUCUGCAAAGUUGGCCGUGUUUUCGAUGCUGAGGUUGUAAUCUUGGAACACAAGUCAAUCAUUGCUUCUGGAUAUACAUGCGUACUUCACAUUCAAUCAGCUGUUGAGGAGGUCACAGUGAAGAUGGUCAUCUGCACGAUUGACAAAAAGACUGGUGAGAAGAAGAAAUCCCGGUUUGUACGACAGGAUGAGAAAUGUAUAAUGAGGAUCGAGAGUUCCGAAGCGUUCUGCUUGGAACCUUUCAAGGAGCUACCUCAACUGGGUCGUUUCACUCUUCGCGACGAAGGCCGUACUAUUGCGAUUGGAAAGGUUUUGAAAGUUGUUGAAUAA